AUGUCGUCACUCAAAUACAUUCUGGGCGAUAACGAGGAUGAGUAUCAUCCGCCAACCCACAACUCGCAUGGCACAGAAGGGACAUCAGCACACGCCAACACAUCGACCCUUGUCUACCGAGGAAGCAACAACAAACCAGGAAAGUCUAGCAAGCCCGGCGGUAGCAGCAGUAGCAGCUCAUCCAAGCCAUCCGGUUCCAGUUCAAAGACCGUCCAUCAUCAUUCCUCCAAGGGCAAGUCCAGCAGCAAGGGCAAGCACAAAGCUGCCGAAGACGACAACCUUGACGACGUAGACGACUACGACUACGACCAAUCCUCCACCCAGCUCGCCAUGGACUCUGGCGCCGAGUACGGUUCCUCUGCGGAGGGUCAAUACUACCAGCAGUCACAUCAUGGCCACAGCCACCAUGGCCAUCACGAACAUCAUAGCCACCAUGGUCAUCACGGAAGCAACCGAGGUGGCCACGGCGGCUAUUACAUGGACCCUAACGCUGGGGCCGGUUACGCACAUAUGCAGGAUACUGCCGUCAUGCACAACGCCGGUGUGGCCAUGGACGGCUCCUACGAAGCCGCGUCUAUUCACCAAUACGGCGCCAUGCACGGCAUGGACUCAUCUUCGAUGUCGGCGCACGGCGACAUGUCUGGGCACUACGGCGGCAUGGUUGGGUACGCCGAUCAUAGAGACACCAGCUAUACACCCAUAACCCGUCGUCAGAGUCGAGCGCUGAAGGGAAAGCCUGUCCACAGUGUGGUUCACGACGAGCUUGAUCCUGAUGUGACAAAGACAUACAUGGAGGAUGGCCUCCAACGGAAGCGGCUCAAACGACAGUACUGA